UAAAAUUGUUUUUUGGCACAGUUCCACUGUUGCCUAGAUAUUGUGGCUGAAAAAUAACUGCGAUUAACAUAUCUCUUGCUGAUUUGAUAAUAAGUGAUUAAUCAUGACGUUCCCGAUGAAAUAUUGAAUUAUCUUGGAAAUGCUGGGAAACAUAUGAAUAAUAUGCGAGAACCAUAAGAAAAAAAAGGAUAUUUUGUCCCAUUUAAUCUGUUUAAAGACAAUUAAUAGCCUCUGAUUUAGACAAAUGAGGGGACAUUGAAACCCUGAAGCACUUUUACUGGUCUUAAUCCAGUAAUAAGAUACAUUUGAAAAUUGAUGGUACCACCGGUUCUGGAUCAUAUCAGUCUACCUGCGAAAAGAAAAUGAGUGACGAUUAUACAGACUCUGUUGCCGUUUGCAAUGUCAACGAUUUGCAGGAACAUGAUAUGAAACAAUUUAAUUUCGAUGAAAACACCAAAGUCCUGGUAGUCAAACAGAAUAAUCAAAUUAAAGCUGUAGGUAGUAAAUGCACCCAUUAUGGAGCUCCUCUUCAUACUGGUGUUUUAGGCGAUGGUCGUGUUCGUUGCCCUUGGCAUGGAGCCUGCUUUAAUAUUGAUACUGGUGACAUAGAAGAUUUCCCCGGUCUUGAUUCAUUGCCCUGUUUCAAGGUUGAUGUUGAAAAGGAUGGCCAAGUCAUGCUGAGAGCUAAACGUAAAGAUCUUGAAAGUUCGAAACGUCUAAAAGAUAUGGUGAAACGUGAUCCAAAAAAUCAUCUAUGUUAUGUUAUAAUUGGCGGUGGUCCUUCUGGAGCUGUAUGUGCGGAAACUUUACGCCAGGAAGGCUUUACGGGUCGUAUUGUUAUGGUUUGCAAAGAAGAGUAUUUGCCAUAUGAUCGUGUAAAGAUUACCAAAGCCAGUGAUAUUAAAAUUGAAACCAUCCAGUUCCGUAAACAUGAAUUCUAUGAUGAGUAUGGCAUUGAAACCUUAAUGUCAACCGAAGCUACCAAAGUAGAUUGUGAAACUAAGACUGUGUUUCUGUCAAACGACACAACACUUAAGUACGACAAAAUGUUCAUUGCAACUGGUUGUAGUGCAAGUAAACCUCCAAUUAAGGGUGUUGAUCUUAAAGGUGUAGUCGUAGUGCGAGAGUAUGAAGAUCUUCGUCAGAUAAAUAAAAUGAUUAAACCCGAAGCAAAUGUUGUUUGUUUGGGAUCGAGCUUUAUCGCCUUGGAAUCAGCACAGAAUUGGGUGAAGAAAGUCAAAAGUAUGACCGUAAUAUCACGUACGGAAUUUCCUCUUAUGGCCAGUUUUGGUUCGGCUAUUGGUGAACGGGUAUUACGUUUAUACAAAGAUCAAGGCGUCAAUAUGGUAAUGAGUAGUGGAAUUGUUGAAGCAAUUGGCGAUUCCAGCAACAAUCUUACCGAAGUAGUAUUAACUGAUGGAACAAAACUACCCUGCGAUAUACUAAUUAUGGGAACCGGAUCUAGAUUCAAUACUAAAUUCUUAGUAGGUUCUGGUUUACCAAUCAAUGCCAAUGGCUCUAUUGAUUCUGAUAUUUAUUUGAAAUCAUUGGUCGAUGAUGUCUAUGUUGGCGGUGAUAUUGUUAACGCCCCAGUAUAUUCAUACAAUAAUCAACGCGCCACCAUUGGCCAUUAUCAAUUGGCUCAAUAUCAUGGUCGUAUAGCAGCCAUAAAUAUGGUCGGCAAUACUCCUCAGGAAUUACAAGCCGUUCCCUUCUUCUUUACUAUGCUUUUUGGAAAAGGUUUCCGUUAUUCUGGCUAUGGCCCAUAUAACGAUGUGGUCAUUGAAGGCGAUUUGGAAAAUUUGAAAUUUGUAGCAUAUUUCAUUGAUGAACAAGACAAUGUGGUAGCAGUGGCUUCGUGUGGUCGCGAUCCAAUUGUUGCCCAAUUUGCAGAACUACAGAGUCAAGGCAAAAAAUUGAUUCGUUCAGAUUUGCAGAAUCCAAAUGAUCCCACAGCUUGGACAAAACUGCUAAAGGAACCAGUCAAGUGUUUUUAAGCGCGUAUGCCUAAAAUGAACUUAAAAUAUUUGUAUUAUUAUUUACUUUAAAUGUUGUAGCUUUGUACUAUUAAUACGUUAUUUAUAUAGUAUAUUUUCCCUCUUUUUUACAAAUUGUUAAUAAAUAUUAUUUGCAAAAGUC